AUGGGUCUUCAAAUGUUCCAAUUGCAUAAUAAGGUAAUUGAUCGAAUUGAAGCAUCACCGUGGCAAAUUCGUGAAACAAAUAUUAGACUUGCCAUUGGCUUAGCGGUACUAUUCUUUUACUUAUUAAUUGGUGCUAUUGUUUUUGUACAAAUUGAAAGUCCAACGGAAAAAAAUGAUAUGGAAGCGUAUGAAGAAUUUCGAUUAAAUUGGAAUCGAUUAUUAAAAGAAGCAGGAUUUAAAGAAAAUGAUAUUGAUCAAUUAUUUACUGAUAUUCGUGUAAUGGCAUUGAAAGGUAUAUGGAGUGAAAAAAAUGUAACAACAGAGCCAAGUUGGACAUUUGGCCAAGCAUUUUUUUUUGUUGGAGCUUUAAUUAGUACAGUUGGUUAUGGACGUGUAUCACCACGUACACGUGAAGGUAAAUUUUUUACGAUAAUUUAUUGUUUGAUUGGUAUACCGAUGACAUUAGCAUUAUUAUCAGCAUUGAUGGUAAGGUUGAAAAAGCCAAGUGCUUGGUUACGAUGCAAACUUAAUGCAAGGCUUGGUCAUCUAUUUCAUGAUUCGCAAAUUCAGAUAUUUCAUCUUAGUUUUGUAUCCGCACUAUUACUAUUAUUUGUCUUCAUUAUACCAUCGUAUAUUUUUACAAAAAUUGAAACCGAUUGGGAUUUUUUGGAUGGAUUUUUCUAUUGCUUUGUUUCAUUGACAACUAUCGGUUUGGGCGAAUAUGUACCAGGUGAUCAACCUGAUCAACAAUUCAGGACUUUUUACAAAAUUGUGGUAACACUGUAUCUGAUAUUUGGCUUAUCAUGCAUGAUGCUAUUCCUUGCAACACUCUACGAUAUACAACAAUUAAAUUUGAGUCGCUUCUUCCUGACAAGAGACAACGGUUACAUCAAUCCAUCUUACGACGAUCAUCACGAAACAUUCGCAAUAACCAAUGAGAAUUACGGAGUAACAACGAGCUAUACGCGUCAUAUUAAUGACUCAUCACCGGUGACAGCAUUUGAAACAGGCGGCUUUUACCAAGGCAAAUGA